UGUGUCAGGUUGGUAUUGACAGUUUUUAUAGUUUUUGUCAUUUGUCAAACAAAACAUAAGUUUAUUAGAAUUUUUGCAACAAUCCUGUGUAAAUAAUUUUUUUGUUUGCUAAACUACCGAAGAUUUGUUCGUUUCGUGUUGUUUUUAUACAGGAAGUGUGGUUUGAGUGCAUUUGUUGAAAUUUUUUCGUGUCAUAACCUUAUAUGACCUGUCAAGUAAACUUUUACUAAAUAAGCUGAUUAUGUUGGGGUUUGGCGUUUGAGGGGGCUGUUCCAUGAUUCUUGAAGGAGUUUCAUGCGAAAACAUUGAUGUAGUCACAAUGGUAGUAAAAUGUACAUAACUAGCUGUUAUUUCACUUAAAAACCGUAAGAUGUUCAAUUCAGGGAUUAAAGGAAAUCAAAGGUGUAACGGUUUAGUUCCACCAAGUAGGACUCUAGGACAAAUAAAUUACAAUAAAGUCAAGUCGUUAGGGACUAAAGACACCACCCCGUACAAUAAUGAUAAAAAACUGGAACCAACUUUUAGAAAUAUGGGAUUCCCCCAUCCCGGUUACGAAACCAAGGUGAAAAUUGAGUUUGACGAGGAGGAAAUCGACGCUAAAGUCAUUAGUCCCAGUAUUAUAGGUUUAAGUGAUGAAAAAACGCACAAAUUGCCUCCAGUGAAGCCCCGUCUCAAGACCGGCAGUCGUGCCACCCACCACGAAACCCUCCAACGGAUAGACGACAUCCGGGACUUUUACAACCACUACCAACACCACUGGUUCAGUCCCAGUCUUGAAAAAUUCAAAUUGGAGGAUCGUUCACGCGAGGAACGAAUCGAAAUCACCCGACAUGAGUUUCUGCGUCAUUUACAGCAAAUCGUUAGGAGUAAUGUGGGCAAGCCGCAUGAGCCCCUCUCGGGGGCUGCUGUGGCGGCACAGACGCCGAAUCGACACCCGCAACCGGUGGGGUAUGACCGUCUUGUGGCCCCCUUGACGUGUCAAGUCGAGAAUUGCCCCCAUGCGGCGUUGCCAUGUACGCGUCAUUGCACGUUGCACAUUAUGUUGAAUAGUGAACAGGUUUUGUUCGGUUAUUGUACGGCGAAAUUUGCUGAUAAUACGCAGUGUUCUGUACCUGUUUUUGAUAUAACGCACGAGUUGCCCCUCUGUCCCGAACAUGCCCGAAAAAGGGAUAAUUAUAAAUUGUAUCAAGAAGCGAAACCAAAGAAAUUAAGGAAGAAAGUUAAACCGUCGGCGAUGAUUCGGCCACAAAAACGCAAUAAAAAGAAAAAGAAACCGAAUAAAACACCAGAAACAACGACACCAAGUGCAAUAAUUCAUAUUCCGGGCGCGGGCGAUGUGGGCGAGAUUGUGCACGCGGCCUCCCCCGAGCUGGAGGAAGACAUGCAUAUGGUCGACCAAGUCCUCGGUUUGAACGAAUCGGACGCGUUGGCACAAGUCCUCGAAAGUCAAGCCUCCCAUUUGCUUGAAGAGACCGACAUUAGUACAGUUUUGAGUACGAUCCAAGUGGACGAAUUCAGUGACUUUUUCGCAGUGAAUCGGAAUGGGGAGUACGAGCCGUCGCGAGAGGAGGCCGAGGAGUUGGAGAAGGCCCUCGCGGCUGUCGACAACGAUGUGAAAUCGUUGGAGAAGUUGAGCCAAUCACAGGGGCUGUUGGACUCGUUGUUGGAUGAACACACGUUGGCGGAGUCUUUGGUCCAAAUUCCCGAUGUUUUUCAUAAUGGUUACGCCCCCUGUGGGGACAGUAUGGUAGCACAAACGUCGAGUUUUCUCUUGCCGGUCGAGCCACAAUCUCAUUCUUAAUAGAUGGUGGAUUUUUUUUUUUUCAAUUUUUUUUUCACCUCGACAGUACAAUCUAUUUUAGGGUAAUAACUGAGAAGCGACUGAGUUAUUACGAGUGCAAUGCAGGCUACAGUUUUUCACAACAACGUCGAAUUUUCUCUUGUAUAAUAGCGUAAUUCCAUUUGAUUUUGUUUAAUCAAAACGUUAUUUAUUUUUUAUUUAUUCCCACACGAAAAUUUGGUACUAUUUAUAUUAUUUUUAUACUUGUGUUAGGUCGUAAAGUCGUCAAAACUGGAGGUGUUAUUCAAAUCGUUUUGUACAAUAAUUUUAGAUAGUAUUUUGUAGAACAAUGUUGUGAAUAAAAGUAAAUUCAUCUUGUAAAGUAUAUUUUGUAUUGAGGAAUCUUCCACGCCGCAAUAAGGUAACAAAAAGGCCUUUUUCAUUUACGAGAAAAAAACCACCAAAAAAAAACCGAUUUGUAACCGCUGAAAACAUUUAUUAAGUGUUGUAGUUUCUUAAGUUUAUGUAACAAACUCAACUGUACAUAUUAGGAUAAACAAAUGUUAAUAAAAAAAUACAACCAA